CAUUGUCUUUGCAGUGUACAGAUACACAAAGUAGUCCAACCUGAAUUUCCUGCACUGUCCUACAGACUGAACUCACUGACUACAUUAGUGCUUCUCUACAUUCUGGAUCAGCCUGCAGUAAUGACUUGGAGCAAAUGACAGACUUGUCUUUGUGUGCAUCGUCUCCAGACUCUUCGUUCACUGACAGUGAGCUGAUGACUGAAGACUCUUCAUUGGCUCAAUGAACGUCUCUGCCACAGUUUUUAUGUGGUCACUUGCAGCGGAUCACCCUCAUGUCACUGCACCUGCAGGCUUUAUUGAUCUUCUCUGGUGGUCACACACAGCUCACAGUUGGAUCUGGACAACAGACAGACUGAAACUGGACUUUAUCUGUUAUAAACCAGAACAAACUGCUGGAACAGAGGACAGUGGAGAAGUGUCUUGAAGUCCAACAUGAUGGGACAAAGGGUUGCUUUAAUCAAAAGAUGGAUGGUGUGCACUGUCCAUGUACAACCCCAGGUGGGUAUAUGUGCUGGACAAAAGUGGGAAAUAGUCAAAUGAGGUCGUCCACAUGUUGAAUAUUUCAAGUUUCAGAUAGAUUCAUGAGGCAUUAAAAGGCCCUUUAUGGUUGAAACAUUAAACUCCUGGGAGCUGAUAAUAUUCAGCAUGUGGACUGUUUUUAUCCUGUAAAUGAGUUCAAAUUGUAACUGCUGACUCAGCUACCUGAUAAAAACAACAUGAAGUUUGAGGUGUUUUGCAGACAGUAAUGACUUUUAGUAUUAGUCAAACACAUUGUGUAUCAAGGUAUUUGCUGCACAUUUACAAUUCAGUUUUGGUGGUGAUGUUCAAGUCCCGAAGCCAAACAGAUAUCAAUGAAUUUGGUUGCAUUUAUUGGGAUUUCUUCCAAAAACAGCCACAUUUUGGGUAAGAAUAUUUCCUUCGCCAUGAGCACCAGACAAAAAAGACUUAAAGUAAAGUUAACAGUACUUCAAAGCUUAAAAUAGAUCCAGAGCUUGAGUAAAUGUGCUCAGAACCUGAGAACCUUGUACAUCAGACACUCACUGUAAAAUCUUUCAUACCUGUUAUAUUUACAGAAAACAAGCUGAAGAGCAGUCACCAAGUGGGUUUAUAAAAUACAUCUGAACUGAGAAGCACAGACCUGAAGACCAAAUGCGUUCUGGAGAAUCAGAGUUCACAUCACGUUAACGCUGAGGGUCAACCUGUUGGGCUGCUACUCAGUGUGUGGGGCUGCAUUUGUGCUCAUGAGGUGACGUUGAUCGCUGUGUUGAGGUCUUCGUCUUGAGGUUUUAUCAAGAUGUAACCUUUUGGCAGAUCGUGAAUCGUCGGCUUUAACUGCAGCAGCAACCACAGCGCUGAGUGUGACUGAAACCACAGAGCAGGAAGUACACACGGGGGUUUCCGGUGCGGGAGACACUAAGUUUCGUCACCAUUUAUUUAAUUUCUGUCCUAACAGCUUAACUGUUGUGUCCAAAACUUCAUGAAAUAAUGUGAGGGCACGCGUUAUAAUGCUUUCGACGUUGGUUGUGUUCGGUUAUGUCGCCGCCUUCACGGUGCCAGUCUUGUGCUGUCGUCCUAAGGAAUACACAGCGAGGGAUGGGCAGUGCUGUCCGAUGUGCCAUGAAGGUACAGUUGUUCGAAGAGACUGUACACCACAGUCAGGCACACGAUGUGGCCUCUGUGAGGAUGGGACUUUCAUGAACCAGCCCAAUGGUCUGUAUUCAUGUUUCCCCUGCACCUCCUGUGACCCAGGUCAGGGCCUCUUUGUUCAACAGGAGUGCAAAGCAGCGAGCGACACAGUUUGUGAUGUGUCAAGUGGAUAUUUCUGCGUAAGUUUAACAGAUGAUACAGGCUGCAGUUUGGCAGAGAAACACAAACACUGUACACCUGGUCAGAGGAUAAAAGAACCUGGAACCAGCAGAACUGAUACAGUGUGUGAGCUUUGUCAGCCAGGCUAUUUUUCACAUGAUGGCGUCAACUGCACGGCUUGGACUAUUUGCUCAGAAAACCAACUAAAGGUCAAAGAAGGAAGCACGAGCAGCGACGUUGUCUGUGCGACUGCUUCAAGAAAUCACUACUGUUAUAUAUCUGGUUUAUUAGCAUUUUUAACAAUUGUUGGGCUUGUGAUCACAGGCAAGUUUACAUCGAAAAACAUUUAGACUCCAGUACAGGAGAUUGGUGAUCCAUCCCAUCAUCAUCAAAAGAAAGACAAAUUCUUGUUUUCCUAUUGUCAAUAAUCCUGUGAAGUAUUUUAUUUGCCCCCUUUCUGAUUUCUUAUUUUUUUGCAUAUUUGUCACACUUAAAUGUUUCAAAUCAUCAAACAAAUUUUCAUAUUAGACAAAGAUAACCUGAGUAAAUACAAAAUGCAUUUUCUUUACAAUUUUGUUUAUUAAGGGAAAAAAGCUGUCCAAAACCUACCUGAGUAAAGUUGGAACAGUGGUGAACCUUCCCAGGAGUGGCCAGCCUAUCAAAUUUACUCCCAACAGCACAUUGACGACUCAUCCAGGAAGUCACAAAAGAACCCAGAACAACAUCUAAAGAACUGCAGGCCUCACUUGCCUCAGUUAAGGCCAUUGUCCAUGAUUCAACAAUAAGAGAGAGACUGGAUGAAAAUGGCAUGCACGGGGUCUGAGGCAAAAACCACUGCUGACCAAAACGAACACAAAGGCUCGUCUCAGAUUCAGCAAAAAACAUUUUGAUCAUCCCCAAGACAUUUGGGAAAAUGCUCUGUGGACUGAUGAGAAAAAAGGUUUUGGAAGGUGUACAUCUCGUUACAUCUGGCGCAAAACUAACACAGCAUUUCAUAAAAAGAACAUCAUACCAACAGUCAAACAUGGCAGUGGCAGUGUGAUGGUCUGGGGCUGCAUUGCUGCUUCAGGACCUGGACAACUUGCCAUAGUUGAUGGAACCGCGAAUUCUGCUCUCUACCAGAAAAUCCUGAAGGAGAAUGUCCGGCCGUCAAUUCAUGACCUCAGGCUGAAGCGCACUUGGCUUAUGCAGCAGGACAAUGAUCAGAAGCACACCAGCAAGUCCACCUCUGAAUUGCUUAAAAAGAAACAAAAUGAAGGUUUUGAAGUGUCCAAAGUCCAGACUUAAAUCUGACUGAGAUGCUCUGACCUUAAACAGGCCAUUCAUGCUUGAAAACCCUCCAAUGUGGCUCAAUUAAAUCAAUUCUGUAAAGAAGAGUGGGCCAAAAUUCCUCCACAGCGACGUUGAAGCCACUUGUUGCCGCCCAACUUGUUCUCAGGGUUAGGGGCUAUUACUUUUUCACAUAGGGCCAGAUAGGACAGCUUUUUCCCCUUAAUAACCUUGUCAUUUAAAAAAAUGCAUUUUGUAUUUAUUCAGGUUGUCUUACCAUUCAUGUAAGAUACUGGAAAAGAUGUUUUUAGUGCAAAUUAACUCUCUCUAAUUAACUUUCUUCAAGACAAUAAUAACCUGGAAGAAUUUCACUGAGACUUCAGAACAGACCACAGCACUGAAACCACUCUGACCAUACUAAUCAGUGACCUGAGACUAAAUUUUGAUGAAAAUAAGGUCUCAGUUCUUGUCCUCUUAGACGUCAGGCAGCUGUCUUGGUCCAUUACUGUUCUCACUAUGCAUGCAGCCAGACUUGGUGAUAUCGUCAGAGAGAACAGUGUAUGUUUCCAUAGUUAAGACGAUGACAUGCAGCUGUACAUUUGUGUUGAACCACCUGAUGCUGCAGAUGAAUAAAUAAAUGGAUGAACAAUAAUUUCUUGAAGUUAAAUGAGGACAAAACUGAAAUCCUGUGACUGGGCCCUAAAACAAAAAGAGAAAUGCUGUUCAAUUUUCUGGGGAAAUGAACUCCCUGGAUUAAAUAUGAGGCUACAACCAGAAGAUUUACUAGCACUGAACUAACAGAAACCAUCUGAAACAGUCCAGUAGACAAAGAAGCACCAUAAUGGUAACGUUACUUAAUGCACUAACUUAUGACUUUGGGGCUUUUUCUCCAUUUACAAUCAAGUGGGUUUUAUUUUCCACCUUAUUUUUUUAUGUAAUUUUCUAUUUAUGUCUUUUUUAUGUUAUUUGUUCUAAAACACUGAGCUGAAAUUUUGCUUUGAAAGAUGCUUUCCAAAUAAAGUUAUUCAUUUUUAA